UGAGUGCAUUGAUCCUUGGAAGGCUUUCAAAACCCAUUGUUAUUAUUUUUCGAGGGAUGUCCUGUCAUUGAGGGACGCUAAGAAUGCGUGUAAAGUAAUGAAUGCGAAAAUGAUGAAGAUAGACAAUUCACGUGAAAACAAAUGGAUGAUUUCAGUAAUAAAAGCAUUGGGACCACCUUAUGGUCAUCGUCUUGGUAUGCAGAAAGACCUCAAUGGUAAAUGGAGAUGGCUAUAUGACAAUUCUACACUUGGUUUUACUAAUUGGAAUCCCGGAGAACCAUCAGCUCAGGGAAAGUGUGUUGUUCUUUUUAACUAUGAUAGCAGAACUUGGAAUGAUGGUGGGUGUACCCAACAAAAACCAUAUAUUUGUGAAAAAGAAAAAGAAAAAUGUUCGCUAAAGUUUGAUACAUGAACUAUGAUAAAUACACUGAGUGGCAUUAACAAAGUUUGAUACAAAAUUGGAAUUUAUAUAUUAGUAUUGAAUGUUAAUAGAAAAAAUAAGAAUGAUACACUGUGUGUCAACAGAAAUGCAACACCAUUGUGUUUUUAUUGAGAAAAUGUUU